AGGAUGUUGGGAGUUUGUUGUUAGCCAGCAUCAAGCUACCACUUUGUCUGCAAGACAGUAAGCGGCAGCCAAGCCUGUAUCCGAAUAAAAAAUGUGCACUUAAGGUGUCCAGCGAAAACUGCACGCAAAACAGUCAUGGAGGAUGAUUCUUCCCAGGGACUGACAGAAACAGAAUCGUUGAAAUCCUCAUGUGAGGCACGUGAGUUUAUUGACAAAAUCGAGUUUGAUGAACUGAAGCAGUGCUUGUUUCGGGACACCCUGGUGACCGUGUCAGACACUGGCAAGGAACUGGGGGAGCUCUGCAUUGAUGUCCAAAAGACAGUCCAUAAUAGCCAGCUGUGCUAUCUCAUCCAUGCCAAAAGCCAUGGCGCCAUUGACGACAUACCGUGUGGGACCUCAAUUACAGGGUAUGUUACCCCUUCAUUUGAAACUCUGGAACAGCACCAUCAUGAGUAUGUGAAGCUCCAAGGACAUAACCUGGACAGAAAGUCUCAUAUGGUGCAACAAGAUGGGCAGCUGGUUGUGUAUAAGGUCACGCGAGAGGCUGAGGAAGUACGGGAACAGACGUCCACAUUUCCCUUGGAAUCUCUGUGUGGGUUUGUGUCCGAGGCCGCCAACUUGCUUCUACUUCGUGUUCUGGCCCGACGGAAGAACUUUCCAGACUGCAUGAAGUUUCUCUCGUUCGAUGCUGAGACCCAGAUCAGUCUCUCCACCUAUAGGGAACUGGGGGAGAAGAAGCAGGUGGUUGGGAAUGAGACGGUGGAGGUGUUUGGCAUUGAGAGGAUCGUCGAUACAGUGGAUGACAUUCCUGCAAUGUGGCAGUGCUACUUCCUACGAGAUGGGCAUUUGGCCAGCAGAAUUCAGGUGGGCUCGCCUGUGAUGAUGAAACUACUCAAGCUGCCUGAACAUGUAACUGGAGACAAUGAGGAUGACAAGCCUGUGUUUGAAAAGAGGCCUCUGGAGUGGGAGGAUGACAUGCAACUCUACUCCAAAUUUCUGGAUCGAAAGGAGGAGCUGAAGGCGGACCACAUGUCCUACGUGAGGCACCACCCGGAGCUGAGGGCCCUUCUAGCCGACUUCCUGCAGUUCCUAUUGUUGAGGAAACCUCGGGACAUCUUCACUUUCGCCAGGGACUACUUUGCCCCUUUCUCUUCUCAGCGCCCACCGGGAGACACCUUCAAAAAUACCAGAUCCCUAACAUAGUCAGGACAAAAAAAAAAGAAUUGUGGUAAUGAAGCUGUUUGCAAUUGUAUGAAUCUGCUACCGACAUUAUGUAUAACAUUAAAUAUUUAAUAAAUGAAGUGCUGGGAGUGAAAAA